UUGAAAGCGUUGUUCAAUUCUCUUGAUGAUUAAAAAGAAAAACUUUGAGAGAAAUUUCAGGGUUUUUUUAUCAUAAAGAAGUCUGAAGUUUUUACCUUUGACUGGUAAGUUGAGCUAAAAUUGUGAAAUUUCAGUCUUGAUCUAACUGCCAUUCUCGCGCCUCUGUAGUUUCCAAAUCCAUCACCCCCACGCGCGCCUUCAGCAAAAAAUUUAUUUGUAUGGGUUUUUUUUUAAAGGAUUAAAUGAAAAAAAUAAUUUUAGAAUUUUUACAAAUUAAUUUAAAAAUAAACUUUUGACUUUUUGAAGCUAAGCGCGUGGGUGGUGCAGAUUGAAGAAUGCACGCUUUGAGUCAUUUUCUUCAUUGCGUACGUCUUUAAGAGUGAACGUUUCGCAUGCGCAGUGCGCACCCAUGCCAUUAGCUUAUAUAUUACUCGGAGCCAGAAUCUGUAACGCUCCCAUUUUCUCUCGCUGUAACCGACACUUCUCUCUCAUGGCUUCUUCCGCUGCUGUCGUUGACGAUGCCAAGAGCGGCUUCUCUCGCCCGGAGAUGUACAAGGAGAACCUCGCCGGCACCGUCGACGCUUACGACCGCCACGUGUUCCUCUGCUACAAGAACCAUAGCGUCUGGCCGCCUCGCAUCGAGGCCUCGGAGGCCGAUCCCCUUCCCAAACGCCUCGCCAGUGUCUGGAAAGCUCGCAAAAACGACAUCGCCGUCAAGACGAAAAUCACGGUGUGCGAGGCGCGUGAGGAGGCCGGUUUCGCCGACGGUGACGUGUUGAUUUUCCCUGACAUGAUCAAAUACAAGGGUUUGGAGGAAUCAAAUGUGGAUGGUUUUUUUGAUGAUGUGAUAGUGAGUGGUAAAGAGUGGAGUAGUGGUGGAGAGAAGAGUGUGUUGAGGGGUUCGCAUAUUUUUGUGUGUGCUCAUGGAAGUCGUGAUGUUCGGUGCGGUGUUUGUGGGCCAGUUCUAUUGGAUAAGCUCAACGAGGAAAUUCAGCUGAGGGGAUUGAAGGAUCAGAUAUCUGUUGUGGCUUGUUCUCAUGUUGGGGGUCAUAAGUAUGCUGGGAAUGUCAUCAUAUUCUGUCCAGGACCAGAUGGAAAGAUCACGGGUCAUUGGUACGGCUAUGUUACUCCGGAUGACGUGCCUGUCUUGUUGGACCGACAAAUUGCUAAAGGAGAGGUCAUACAAAAACUUUGGAGGGGCCAAAUGGGACCAACUGUUGCCGAAAUCAAGGUAGCAGAUGACCGCAAACUUGCUAAUGGAGAUGAUAAUGGCAAGGCCAGUCUGAGCAACAACGAAAAUGUGGGAGGAUGCUGUCAAGGUGCUAAUGGGGUUUCUUGCUGCCAAAGUGCAAGUUUUGAGCAAAACAAAGACAAUGAUAAUAAAACCGGAGAAGCUUAUAAAAGGCAGAGGAGCAAUAUAAGUUGUAGUUGGCCUUUACUACAGAAGCGUGAUAUUCUUACAGCUACUGGUAUACUUGGAGCUUUGGCAGCUGUUGCUAUAGCUUACAGAUUUUACAGAAGGUCAAGCUGAAAUUCGCUUUAUUCUCAAGUUUGCUGUUGCUAAUCAUGAAGACUUCACCUUCUGUUUUUACUUUACGCUACUUCUUCUCCAGUAAAUUAAUAGUUUUUACUUCAUUGGUUUUGUUAUCUUCAUUAGAAGAAAGAAAAACACCCACAGAAUCAGUCACUCUUGCACUUUCUUCAUAAAAAUUUAGGUUCCACGCAAAUUUUGAACACCCGUCAUUAUUUACAAUUUUAGAACUAUUUAUAGAAUUUUGGUUCAGUAAA